CGUGCUCACAAGCCUGGUGGCAAACGGGGUCUUUCCGAACCCUCUCUUCGGCACCAACACGCGCGACCACAUCCCUGACAUCGCCCACACCGGCAGGCCCUUCUACACCUUCCUCUUCCGCCGCUGCCUCCACCUGCCUCCCAGGAGGAUUCCUGCUGUCAGAUGUUGCCAGGCUCUGCUGAACCGCCAGCAAUCUGGCUCGUCUGUAGCUGCUGCUGGUGAUGGUGGUGGUGGUGGUGGUGCUGCUGCUGCUGCUGUUGCUGGUGAUAAGGGGUGCUGUGGCCAGGGUGACUGUAGUGGGUGUGCUGGGUGUGGGUGUGAGAGCCAUGAGUGGGAGCGAGUGUGGCUGUGCUUCCGUGGCGUCAACUACUCGCUCUCCGUCUUCCUUAACGGCCGCCAACUCAGCAUCGACCAGCCAGCUGGCAUGUUCCUGCGGCGCCAGCUGGACAUCACUGACGUGGCAAGGAGGGCGGACAGCGGCAAGGGCCAUCGCAGCAGCAAGGGAUGCAGCAAGGACUGUAGCAGUAAAGGUUGUAGCAGCAUAGCAUGUAGCAGUGAAUGUAGCAGCAGCAACGGCAGGAACCAGUUGGCAGUAGUGGUGAAUGCAGUGGAGCACCCGGGGAACGUGGAUGGGGGAGGGCAGGGAGGCGACCACCAGGUGGCCAAGGAUGUCACAGCUCAAUACGUGGAGGGCUGGGAUUGGAUCAUUCCCAUCCGGGAUCGCAACACGGGCAUGUGGGAUCAAGUGCACGUGGCUGUGACCGGGCCCGUGACCAUCCGGGACCCUCAUCUCGUGGCUGUCUUCGCAUCCCAGCGAUGCUAUGACACGCAAGCAGAUGGCGCGAAGAGGGAGCAUGCAGAUGGAGCCAGUGCAAAAGGGGACGUCACCCAUCCAUCAGCUGCUGCAGCAGCUUCUGGUGGUGGAAAAGGCGUCGGAUCCAUCAGCGUCACCCAUCCAUCAGCUCUGUUCCACAGCACGCACACACACGCGCCUCCUCCUUCCUCCUCCUCCACUCCCGCGCCUCCCGCCCCUCCCUUCUCUCCCUCCUCGGCGUCUCUCCACUGCUCCCUCACCCUCACCAACUCCCUCCCCAUUCCCCUCCACACGCGCCUGUCUCUCGAGCUCUCCUUCACUCCCAGCCCUGACCAGAGGGGCGGUGCUGGGGAGCUUGGAAGGGGAGGGGCGAGGGGAUGGGGGGGUGAGGGAGGAGAGGGAAGGCCGAGGGAUGGGGGUGUGGGAUGGGCGGGUGGGGAAGGGGUGUGGGAGGAGGAGGGUGAGGAAGAGGGCGAGGGGUUUGUGAUGGUGGAGGGAGUGAGGGAGGAGGAGGUGGAGGUACCGGCUAACAGCAGCAUCACUCACACAUUUCAGCCGCUACUCGUGUCGCAACCUCAUCUCUGGUGGCCCAACGGCAUGGGUGCACAGUCGCUGUACGACGUUGCAAUCACUGCCUCUGUGCUGCACCCCUCCCGCCUCGCAUCCUCUGUUCCCUCUGGGAAAGCCUGCGAUGCCACCACGAAAGCCUGCGAUGCCACCACGAAAGCCUGCGAUGCCACCACGAAAGCCUGCCAUCUGGACCCAGUGGCAGCAGCUCACACCACACCCUCGCUGUCGGCCUAUGAAAGGACAGCUGCAGUGGCAGCCACUGGAAGCACAGCUUCCAGAGAAGCAACGAGCAUUGCUGCUGCCCCGGUGGCAGGCGCAGUGGGAGCGACAGUGGCAGUCGAUGACCCCUUGCCUUUGUCCUCGCCCCCUUCACUACCUCCCUCCUCUUCACACCCCACUGCACCUGCCUCCUCAUCUUCAUCCUCCUCUGCACCUCUCUCCGCACCUGCCUCUGCUUCUUGGAGCCGGUUUCUUUCCCACACGCUGACUCAGAGCCUCGGGCAGGCGAAAAGUCUUGUACGCUCGGCCUUGUAUGGCGCGGAUGAGGAUGUGGGGCAGGGGGAAAGGGGGAUGCAAGGGGAGGGGAGGUGGGUGCAGAGUGACGUGUGGAGCAGCAAAUUUGGGUUCCGACAGAUUGACAGCUACGUGGAUGAGGGCACUGGCGGCAGGGUUUUUUUCAUCAACGGCUGCCCGCUCUUCAUACGCGGGACCAAUUGGAUCGUUUCGGACGCGAUGCUGCGCCUCUCAGCGGAGCGCUACUGGGCAGAGAUGAAACUUUUCGCGUGUGCCCGGGUGAACAUGAUUCGCGUGUGGGCGGGGGCGCUCAUGGAACGGCCUGAGUUUUACGACGCCUGCGACAAACUUGGACUACUGGUGUGGCAGGAGUUUUGGAUAACAGGCGACUGCAACGGGCGAGGCCUGCCCCCGUCAGACCCCUCAUGGCCUCUGGACCACUGCCUCUUCCUCGCCUGUGCACAAGACAGCGUCCGCAUGCUGCGCAACCAUGCCAGCCUGGCGCUCUGGGUGGGCGGCAACGAGACCGUGCCCGCUGCUGACCUCAAUGACUCGCUUAAGAGCAUGCUGCGCCUGUAUGAUGCCGAAUCAGAUCCGGACCCUUCACUACUGCUGGACGGCACAAGGGCAUACAUAGAGGGCUCCCUAUGGGGGGGCUUUGCCGACAGCCAGGGCGGCUGGACGGACGGGCCCUACGGCAUUCAGAACCCCGAAGAUUUCUUCUGCCCGGAUUACUACCCGUACGCGUUCAACCCCGAGAUUGGGUCCGUUGGGGUGCCCGAGGCGGAAAGUCUGCGCGGGUUUUUUCCCGAGAGUGAUUGGAGCCCGCCGGUGUUUGGGAGGGCGUGGGAGGAGUGUGGAGGGGAGUGUGUGGAGGAGGAGAGUGAGGGGUGGAAGGUGCACACAUACAUACCGUAUGGCAUGGUGGGAGCGGGGACAGAAGGAAGGCACGAGGUGGGUAGAGGAGGGGCGAGACGGCACGAGGUGGGUAGAGGAGGGGCGAGACGGCAAGCAGCCGGGCAGCAGCAAGCAGCAGUGACUGGAUUGAAGCAGGGGGGAGAAGGAGAGGAAGCAAGGAGGCAGGAGGCAGCAGCAUGCAGGGGCGCGUGGAAGCGGGGGUCGGUGCGAGUGAAGAACCAGAUCCUCACAUAUGGCCCCGUGAAUGGGCUCGAUGACUUCUGUCAGAAGGCCCAGAUAGCCAACUACCUGCAGUACCGGUCGCUCUUUGAGGCAUGGAGUGCGCGCAUGUGGGAGCGGUACACGGGGGUGCUGCUGUGGAAGGGGCAGAACCCCUGGGGGGGGCUGCGAGGGCAGCUGUACGACCACCUGCUGGCCGCCACUGGCGGGCUGUUCGGCGUGCGCUGUGCGCUUGAACCCGUGCAUGUGCAGCUAGACCUGCACACGGGCCAAGUGCAGGUGGUCAACACCACAGCCCGUGCUCUCUCCUCCCUCUCAGUAGAAGCUUCCAUCCACCUUCCCAGCGGUCACUGCCUGUGGCACGCCGCCUCCUCCUCCCUCGCAGCCUCUCCCACUCCCCCACCUGCCCCCUACUCACUCACCUGCCCACCAUUCUCCUGCACAGGGACUCAGCUCCAGGUGCAUCUCCCCCGCCUCCCAGUGUCCCCUUCCAGCCCACCCCCCACUGUCUUCCUGCUCCUCCGCCUGCUCCACUGCCCGCACCCUUCCCACCCCUCUGCACAGCCCCCCUCCUCCGCAUACCACUCCCUCUCCUCACCGCACCUCCCAGCAGCGCCAUGUGCUCCCCCAGGCUGCACCACCAACCCCCUCCCCCCCGCUUCUCUCUCAAACCCCUCUUCUCCCUCCGUUUUCUCCACCCACUCCACUUCGUCCGCCCCCUUCGCCCACCUGCCUCCCUACGCCUACCUGGGGGACUUUCGAGCCCUGGGAGGACCGUUCCGCCAGCAAAAGCUGCAUCUCUCCCUCUCCCUCCUCCGCGUGUCCUCCGCCUCUUCUUCAGGAGAGGAAGGGAGGCAUCUGCCUCUCAGUGAGCCCCAUGGAGGGAGGUCUACCUGGUGGAGGGCUUACCUGCUGGUGAGCAAUCCUGUGAAGGGAGGUGCUUUGGGUGGAAGGCAGAGCGCAAAACGGCAAGGAGAAGGAGGAGCGGCUAUGGGGCUUACUGGGCCUCGGAAUGACCCUGCUGCAUGGGUGAAUGGGGACGAGAGCGCUGGAGGUGUGGCGUUCUUUGUCAGUUUCAAUGUGCGCCGAGGGGUGGAUGGCAAGAGGGUGCUUCCAGCAGUGUUCUCUGAGAAUUACCUCUCGUUGUUGCCUGGGGAGGAGGUCACUGUACAGGUCGAGUUUGCACACGAGCCUUGCUAUGCAUGUGCUCAAGAAAGUUCCUCCAGUGGCUUGGGCUGUUCAGGCGGCAAGUGUGAUAAGGGAGUGUUUGUUGCGAUGAGUGGCUGGAAUGUUUGUACGUCUUCUUGUGAUGUCCCUUUGCUGAACCCUUGA